GAUUGUGAUGAACAUACUGUUUAUAUCUCCUUGUUCAGGAAGUAGCCUUGUUAUGUGGAAGUCGUUCUAGUCUUUUCUCCCUUGAACUGGUCCUUUUAUAUUUGUGCAGUUUAAUCUUGAUGCAUUAUAUAACUAGUUUGGUAUUGCUUCCUUGUUUUCAAUGGAACUAACCUCAUUGAUUUUCGCUUGAUUAGCGCAACUUCCAACAGCAUUUUGGAUCGUGCAAUUGAUUCAGAAGAUGCCCUGCACAAAGAUUUCCUUAGGCUGGAACAUAUCGAAGGGUAUCACGAAUUGUCUGCAAAAACAAAAUCCUUCUUUUCCACUGCCGUUGCUCGAUGGGAUGCUGACUUCUAUGUUAAGAUAGAUGAUGAUGUCCAUGUAAAUUUAGGGAUGCUAGCUACUACUCUUGCUUACCACCGUUCGAAGCCCCGAGUCUAUAUCGGGUGCAUGAAAUCUGGACCUGUUCUUUCUUCCAAGAGUGUCAAAUACCAUGAACCUGAAUACUGGAAAUUUGGAGAGGAGGGAAAUAAGUAUUUCAGACAUGCAACUGGGCAGAUUUACGCAAUCUCGAAAGAUCUAGCCACCUACAUGGCGGUCAAUGAGCCAAUUUUGCACAAGUAUGCCAAUGAAGAUGUGUCCCUUGGUGCUUGGUUAAUAGGCCUUGAAGUCGAGCAUAUAGACGACCGUAACAUGUGCUGCGGGACGCCACCUGAUUGUGAGUGGAAGGCACAAGCAGGCAAUGUAUGCGUUGCAUCAUUUGACUGGAGUUGCAGUGGAAUUUGCAAAUCUGUUGAGAGGAUCAAGCAUGUCCACGAAAAAUGUGGUGAAGGGAAUGGGGCUGUCUGGAGUGCAUUAAUCUAGUUGGGUUCUUGACAUUAUUCUGCUGUGAUCAGACAAAAGCUGGACACUGUUUGGGAGUUGAACACUGCUUCCACAAAGCUUCCAAUUUUGUUCGUGUAAGUUAAAUUCAUCGAUACCUCUUGUUCUUUCUUUCGUAGUCGCCCCUUCCGACUAUAUGAUUCAAGUAUUACUGCCAGUGUAUUAUAUUGUUGAGUUCCUAUUCAAUGAGUCAGAUUCUGUAUGUGUCCUUUGUUUGUAUAGUGAAAAAGAAAUAAAAUUAUCAUGAUUUGUGU